CCACAGCUUGACUCAGCUGCAUGAAAUAUGGGUGACGACAGGCCGUUUGUGUGCAAUGCCCCCGGCUGCGGACAGGCUCACGGAGGUGUCGGCUCGUCCCUCCUCUAGCAGAAGGAUGCUGCCACUGAAACCAGCUUUCCAGAAGCGCUCAGUAACCGGAGCUGCCGUGGCCACCUUCGAGCUGCACCGACUCGGUGCCUCGGCUGCUUCCAGAGACUCGGUGGGAGCAACUGGGCUCUGAGCUCUUCUGAAACCUGGCCUGGCGAGCCCUGCCAUAGGGGGAACGCUCCAAGAGGAAACAGGUCCAAAAUCUGUGUGUGUCAUCUCUUAGGUUUACAAACGAAGACCACCUGGCUGUUCAUAAACACAAGCAUGAGAUGACAUUGAAAUUCGGCCCCGCUCGGACCGACUCAGUCAUCAUCGCAGAUCAGACUCCGACCCCGACUCGGUUCUUGAAGAACUGUGAAGAAGUGGGACUCUUCAAUGAACUGGCCAGCUCCUUUGAGCACGAGUUCAAGAAAGCUGCAGAGGAUGAUGAGAAAAAGAGUGCUGGAGCCCUGGACAUGUCUCUGCCCUCCACCCCGGACAUCAAGAUAAAGGAGGAGGAGCCGGUAGAGGUGGACUCAUCCCCACCAGACAGCCCUGCCUCUAACCCACAGUCACCACAGAACAAGGAGAAGGAGAUCACCUCCAAGCCUGUCAUCAUUUCUACACCUACUCCAACCAUCGUGCGGCCCGGCUCGCUGCCCCUCCACUUGGCUUACGACCCGCUCCACCCUACGCUGCCUUCCCCAACCUCUGUCAUCACCCAGGCUCCCCCUUCCAACAGACAGCUCGGGUCUCCCACAGGAUCCCUGCCCCUUGUCGUGCAGCUUGCAAAUGGACAGACCAUGCCCGUGCUCCCAGGCCCUCCCGUGCAGAUGCCUUCUGUUAUAUCGCUGGCUCGGCCGAUGUCCAUGGUGCCAAACAUUCCCGGGAUUCCUGGGCCGCCCAUCAACAGCAGCGGGUCCAUUUCCCCGUCAGGACUUCCAGUGCACUCAGAAGCCAAAAUGAGGCUGAAGGCCAGCUUGGCGGCGUCUUCCUCACUGAACGGCAGCAACCUGGUGGUGGGCUCAGCCAGCACGAUGGUGACCGCACGUCCGGAGCAGAGUCAGAUCCUUGUCCAGCACCCUGAUGCCCCUUCCCCAGCUCAACCACAGGUUUCCCCAGCCCAGCCCACCCCCAGCACCGGCGGGCGGCGGAGGCGCACUGUGGAUGAAGACCCGGAUGAGCGCCGGCAGCGGUUCCUGGAGCGGAACCGGGCAGCAGCCUCCCGCUGCCGUCAGAAACGCAAGCUCUGGGUGUCCUCCCUGGAGAAGAAAGCUGAGGAGCUCACGACCCAGAACAUCCAGCUGAGCAAUGAAGUUACGCUACUGAGGAACGAAGUUGCUCAACUCAAGCAGCUCCUGCUGGCUCACAAGGACUGCCCCGUCACUGCACUACAGAAGAAGACACAGGGCUAUCUUGAAAGCCCAAAGGAGAGCUCGGAGCCCACGGGCUCCCCUGCUCCCGUGAUCCAGCACAGCUCCGUGACGGGCUCUCCCAACGGGCUCAGCGUGCGCUCGGCAGCAGAAGCCGUUGCCACCUCGGUGCUGACGCAGAUGGCGAGUCAAAGGACAGAACUGAGCCUGCCGGUCCCGUCACACGUCAUCAUGGCCCCACAGUCCCAGUCUGCUGGCAGAUGAUGUCCCAGCCUGGGGCGUGUGACACGGAGCUCCCCGCCGACA